AUCUGGGAGCAUUUAAUCCAUCGUCCAAACACAUUUCCCACUCGAUCUCUUUUUCUUUUGGGUCGAGGAUGUACAACUCUUGAGCUGUAUGUACCAUGAAAGAAGCUCUCUCGACAUGCUGUCCCUGUUUUCUACUCUUUCAGGAUGACCCAUCAACGAACCUGAUGCCAAGAUGACAACUUGGCGCGACACAUACCUCGCAGCCUUGCGAGAACGGCACGAGGUCGAACAAGCCAGCCUCACGCUCUACGACUACUGCACCAAGCUCGCCGACGAGAAUGCCGGUCUCCAAAACAAGGCUGCCACUGUCGCGGCGGCUCAGACCACACAGGCUGAGGAUGCCGAGCAGUCGCCAUCUGUCCAGCCAUCGUCGUACCUGGGCAUGGGGAUAAGGCGAGUGACGUCGCCCGCUGCCGCCCGUCCGGACUCGCCCACCGUCGUCGUCGCACAGAUCCGUCAGGACCUGGCAAAGGCGCAACAGGAACGUGGCGACCUACAGGCGCGUCUCGAGAAAGCCGUCCAGGAUCUCGACACGCUCAAGGCCAAAGCCAAGGUCGACUCGAAGCGCAUCGCCCAGCUCAACGCCGGCCUGUCCCAGAUCACGGUCAAGCUGCGUGACCGGGAGGAAGAGAUCCGCGGCAAAGCCAAACUGAUUGAGAGCGUGCAGGACGAGAACGUCACGUUGAAUCUCCAGCUCAACAUGGCCGAAGAGCGGUCCGACAAGUUGAGACGGGAGAACAAGGAACUCGUCGAUCGCUGGAUGGCCCGGAUGGGCAAGGAAGCUGAUCGCAUGAACGAGGAGAACAGAUUCGGUUGAACCGACGCAGAAGGAACGUACGAAUCGUGACUUCGGAACCUUCCAUAACGACUAUAUGAAUACCAGUAGAGAACACCUCACAAGAGCCUCGAUGACCUUGACGCUUUCAAGACAAUUGAUUUGUCUGCAAUGGUUGAUCAUAGAAGGUAAUGAUGCAUUAAAAUACU